AUGGCUCAUUCAUGUUAUUAUCCAUGCACUUUUAAACUACACGAAUCAGGGAAUCUCAGAACGCUUGGCAGCUGCGAAGAAAAUUUUGAAGCAUGGACAAAAGAUGGUUCUAAAAGUGAAAAAGCAAAAUUUUUUAAAAACUGCAUUCAUAAAUCUGUUUUCAAUCAAGACAAAACUACGGAAAUUAUUGACAUAGUGAUUUCUCCUGAAUUGCACCUAUUAAUUGGAAUAGUGAAUCAUUUAGUCAAACACAUGCUGUCGUCAAGUUUUCAAAAUAUAAGUCUAGCAUGGAUCAAGGCCUGCAAUGUUUCAAGGGAUGUUAGAUACGGUGAUCAACCAUGUUUUGCUGGAAAUUCUUGCAAGACUUUAUUGGAUAAUAUCGAUAAAUUGCGAUCGAUGUGUAACAGGAUUAAUAUUGCGUGCUUGGAUUUUGUCACAUGUUUUGAUUAUUUAAAAAAAGUGGUUGAUUCAUGUUUCUUAAAUGAGCUGGACCCAAAUUAUCAAAUGUACAUAAAUCAAUUCAAAACAACCUACUUAAAUUUAAAUAUUAGUGUGACACCAUGGUUUGCAAAAGUUCACGCAGUUUUUUACCAUGUUGCUGAAUCUUGCAAGAAAACUGGAAGAGGCCUCGGUUAUUACAGCGAGCAGGCGAUGGAGUCUGUCCAUCACGAUUUUAAUGAAUUAUGGAAAAGAUUCAAAGUUGAUAUUAACAAUGCAAGAUAUGGUUGUCAAUUAUUAAAGGCUGUUUCUCAAUAUAAUAGUUUCAAUGUAUAA